AAUUCUGUCCUCAUUAUCAGGGCCGAUGGUGAGCGCCCAGGACCUCACGGAGGAUGAGGAGGCAGAGGCCGUGGAUGAAGAUGUGGUGGAUGAUGUGGAUGUGACGGCGGAGGAUGAAGACGACGAGGCGGAAGUGGAAGACGACGAAAAUGCAGAACUGACGGAAGAGAAAGAAGACGAAGAAGAAGAAGCGUUGGUCGGAGAGGUGAAAGCUUCCCCCAACGCGGACACCACCAUCCUGUUCGUCAAAGGAGAAGACUUCCCAGCCAACAACAUCGUCAAGUUCCUGCUCGGCUUCAGCAACAAGGGGUCAGACAACUUCAUCGUGGAGUCUCUGGACGCCUCUUUCCGUUACCCUCAGGAUUACCAGUUCUACAUCCAGAACUUCACGGCUCUCCAGCUCGGCAUCGAGGUUCCCUCGGGCAGACAGGCCACCUUCGAGUACUCCUUCAUCCCCGCCGAGCCGAUGGGAGGGCGGCCGUUCGGACUCGUCAUCAACCUCAACUACAAGGACGGCACAGGAAACAUUUUCCAGGACGCCGUUUUCAACCAGACGGUCACCAUCACCGAGAAAGAGGACGGGUUGGACGGAGAGACGAUCUUCAUGUACGUCUUCCUGUCGGGUCUCGGGCUGCUGGUCGUGGUCGGUCUUCACCAGCUGCUGGAGUCCAGAAAGAGGAGGCGUCCUGCUCCAAAGGUGGAAAUGGGAACCUCGAGCCACAACGACGUGGACCUGAGCUGGAUCCCUCAGGAAACGCUCAACCAGAUCAUGCAGAGUCGCAGAGACAAAGCAUCUCCAAAAAGAUCUCCUCGCAAAAGAAGCCAGAAGCGCUCGGCCGGCUCCGACGAGUGACGGGCGCCUGACGUUACUGCGACAGAUCUUCAUCCACCUGUCUACGUAAGAGGAGGAGGAGGAGGAGGAGGAGGAGGAGAAGGAGGAGGAGGAGGAAGAGGAGGAGGAGGAAGAGGGCUGAGAGCGCCACGUGGGGCGCAACUCCGCCCCCUUUACUGAAGAACUUUAACCAGUGCCAAGCACAGCUCUGGCUGGCUCUCUACAUUCAGCUUAAAAACUGUUGAACACACACACACACACACACACACACUCACACUCACACUCACACACACACACACACACACACACACACACACACACAGGUUGGUGUAACAGGAAGGUUUAGGAUCACCUGAGAACAGGUGUGUGGGGUUUCACGGCAUGUGAGGACGUUUUCUAUCCAGGCUGUUGCUUUUCUUUGGAUCACGUUUGUUUGCCUUCAAACUGCUGAUUUGAUCUCCUGGGACAGUUCUGAUUGUGUCUUUGUUAUUACCUCCCACUCGGGGGUAGGGCUGGAAGAAAAGACGUUCAUCCUCCAAAAAGGAGCGUUCUGCGUCACCUGAUGAUUAUUUAUCACGACUGUGUUUGAAACUAAAAUGCUCAAUCGGGUGUUUUGACGACCAUGAUCAUGUUUGCAGCCCGACCCUGGAGUGUAGAGACGGUAACAGAUGCAGUGUUUGUUUUUGGAUUGUUACUUUUCUGUAGUUUUUAGUUUGUAGACGACGUCUGGUCUCUUCUGUCCUCUCUGUCACUUCUCCUCGGCUCGUUGUCUCCGCACUGAUCCUGAGGAUGUUCUGAUCCUGGUGUCUGCGGUCUUUAAAUCACACACUCCACGCUCUCUGUGUCGCCGUCCUGAUAGAUGUAGCAGAGUCGAACGUUCUGAGGUGUUUUCUGAGUAAACCUGCAGAUUGUCUGAGGGAGUUUAUACCAUUAGUCUGAUGAGGACACACUUUGUGACGCAGCCUUCAAACGUUGCUCCUCACAUGCAGGAGGAGUCGGCAUUAAGGGGGUCAGAGUCGUGUAAAAUCUGCCGCCUUGUUGGGUCAACUGAAGGCGGCGUUCAGGACGAGCAGCGGAGCUAGAGCGAUGAGACGAUCUGAUGCCGGGAAAACACGCACAGGUUCAGACUUCGGACACACGACGGGGAACUGGGUUUGGCUUUAUUAGACUGUAGGACUCUCAGGACCGGCAGGCCGAUCAUGGUUCUGUAAAAUCAUUGGAAAGAAGUGAGCGAGAGGAGCAGGGUGUCGAGUAACCACCUGACCUUUAACCCCUGACACUCGCAGGUCACAGGAGCCGAGGGGGGAACCAUCCGCCGGCGUGUCACGAACGAGCUCGACAGUUCAGAUUUCUCUUCUUGUAGAGCCGACACUCCAACGUUAGAAUCUGGUCUGCAUCGUCUUCUCUCCUGUGUUUGAGUUCUGAAAUAUACCGCGCCACGUUGGAGGGAAUCACGUCUGGAGAUUUGAAGGAUAUCGUUUUAAUAAGAGUGUGAAGCUGUAAUAUUUCAGAUGAGUCAGAAUGAAGUUUUUAGACUCAAACAUGGAGCUCUGGGAAGUUUUGACUCUCACACAAUCCUGGUUUUUGUAGUCCCACAAAAGGAGACUUGAUUCUCCCGUCGUAACGUGACUCUUUCAUCUCAUGAAUGAAGAUUUUAUUCUCAAAUCUCCGAUGUUUGUCCUUCAGUGUGGCUCUAACACUCCAGUGGGAUUCAGAGAUGAAGUUUCUUUUCUCUCUUGAAAUGUUUCGGUUGGAUUUUUGUGUCUUGCCUUGAUUUUCUGCUCCAUCGUGAGGUUUGGAUUCGUCUUUCUUUGCUGUCUGAAAACUGUUUCCUGUUGAGAAGAUGUUUUGAAAUGUUUCCUGACGGGGAUCGUUUUCUCUUUUUAAACAACAAACAAACAAAAAAUUCUUUCAAUGCAAACUCUUGUAAUUCUUCUUGUUUCUACGGUGCCUGUGAAGGGACAUGGAGGGUCUUUGGGUCACUGUGUGUGAUCUCAGGAUCGUUCUUCGUUCAGCUGAAUUCCUGCUUUACGGGUACCGGAUAGACUUUCUCAGACGCUGCUCUCGGGGUCAACCUUCAGUAAACAUCUCUCCAUGUUCCUGCGGGGUCUUUGUGUUGAGAGGAAACGAUUCAGAUCAGAUUUCUCGUGUGUCCGGGUUAGGAAUCAAACCCUGGAUGAGUGUUUCCCCGUCUCGUUCAGAAUCAGCUUCUUCUUCUUUUCUUUUGUGACUGUAAAAAUGUUGAACUGGCCGAAGCACUGGUGUAAAUACUGGCUGAUGGAUGAUGACGGCAAAAUUACUGAGCUAAUUUAUUUGAGUGACAGAUGGGGCGGGGUUUUUGUGCACUGUUUUUUUAUUUUAUUGUACCACUAGGGGGCAGCACUGACUCACUCUGCAGGCGCUCGGUUCAUAACCUGCAGAGUGUCGGCACUCAGAGUCUCUCUGUGAGGAGUGAGCGGCUCAGAGAUCCCAAACACACGGUCCAAACUUGAACACACACCUGAGGAGGCUGAGUGAGUCACAGAUCCACAGAGAGCUGAGCCGAUGUUUGUUUUUCUAAGAUGAUGGGGCUGUCAUUCACUCACAGAACGUUUUACUUUUAUUUGCUUUUAAAUGUGCAGAAAAUAAACUUUGAUUACUUGCUGUAAA